AACCUCCUGAAACUAGCCAUGUCCCGGUACGACCGCGCAGUCACCGUGUUCUCCCCGGACGGACAACUGCUACAGGUCCAAUACGCCCAAGAAGCCGUCCGCAUGGGGUCCACCUGCGCCGGCGUGCGCGGCCGAGACUGCGUGGUCCUGGCGGUGGUGAAGCGCUCGGUGCCGCGGCUCCAGGACCCGAGGAUUGAGAGGAAGGUCGUGGUGCUGGACGACCAUGUGGCGAUGGCUUUUGCUGGUCUGCGAGCGGACGCCCGCGUGCUGGCGAACCGCGCUCAGAUCGAGUGUCAGUCGUACCGACUCACUGCGGAGGACGCCGUCACCGUCGAGUAUAUCACUAAAUAUAUUGCCAAUCUAAAGCAGCAAUACACGCAGUGCAACGGGCGGCGCCCCUUCGGCGUGUCGUGUCUGAUUGGAGGCUUCGACCCCGACGGCGGGCCGCAUCUGUUCCAGACGGAACCCUCAGGAAUAUUCUACGAGUGGAAGGCGGCGGCUGUGGGGCGGCGGGAGGGGGGCGUGCAGGAGUUCCUGGAGGCAUCCUACUCCGCAGACCUGGUGGCCACUGACCAGGGAGCCGUCAGACUGGCGCUGAGGGGCCUGGUGCAGGUCUUGGAGACGGGCCAAAAGAACUUAGACGUGGUAAUUAUCAAGAAGGACCAGCCUAUCAAGUAUUUAGACAGGAAGACCAUACACGCAUACAUCAAACAACUUCAAAAAGAAAAACAAACAGCUGACGUGAAGAAAAAGAAGUGAAUUCGUUUUCUUUUCACCCAACGGCACCGGAAGAAAGGUUUAUUAGGUUUUAGAUGGUGUUUUUUGUAUUUCUUUAUCAUUAUGUUCUUAUUUACCUAUUUUAUAUUUU